GGAGAAUCGAAAUCGACGUGUUUCGAGAUUGUUAUAAAGUGACAGGGAUUGAAAUAUUCCUAUUAUUUGAAAUAUUGAGGUGUGUUAUAGAAAACCCAAUUUCCGGCUUCCAGAUAGUUUUCAGUGAUUAAAAGACUGUAGGUUUGCAAUUUUCUACUCUCUCGGGCUUACUUGUAUGUAAAUUAUUGAACCAUUUAUAACGUAACUUUAUAACCAAAAAAAUUGAAGGAUACCUAAAAGUAGUUGGAUGAUAGUCGCACAGAAAUUCUUAAAAACAAUGGAUAUUUUUAAAGCUACUGUGCUAUAUUUAACUGUUGUUACUUUUGCAAUUGUUGAUGGACAGAGUUAUCGUGCUGGUGUGGUGCUAUACAAACCAAAUCCAUCCAUAUAUGCUACUCCGGAUGAACAAUUAAAAGAUAAUUUGAAUCUUACAGUACAAAUAAUGAAUGCCAAUAAAAACGAGUCCGACAUUUUUAUACUUCCUGAAUAUGCACUUACAAAUAUAAAAGCCGAAUUUGAAUCGGCGAGGGUUCUAAAAUCGUUUAGUGUGAAUAUUGGCAAAGUUGGAGAUAUGUUAUGCACUACCAAUGGUACAGUAUCAGAGCAAAAUUUAGCAAUUUUAGCGUGUGCAGCAAAAAAUAACUAUUACGUUGUAGCUAAUCUAAUAGAAGAAGAUAAUAACACCUAUUUUUCCACUGACAUUGUAAUUGAUCCGAAUGGUGUGUUAAAGUCGAAAUGCAGGAAACAUCACAUUGUUAAUGGUACAAAUUUUGAAAGAGGUCCAAAUGCUAAUCCUUGCACUUUUACUGCUACUUUUCAAAAUCAGUCUGUGGUGUUUGCGUUGUUAUAUGGAACCGAUUUAGUUUAUGGGAUCCCAGAUGCAUCAAAAUCUGAUAACGUUAUUGUUACAGCAGCAACUAAGAAUAACCUACCUUUGAAUAUCAGUGUAAGUUUAAGUCAAGGAUUUGCAAUUUCUAACGGAGUUAAUUUAAUAGUAGCAGAUUAUAAUGACGUGGAGUUAAAUUACGGAGGAUCUGGUAUAUUUUACAGUAAUGGUACCAGUGUGAUUGCUUUUAAUGCCGCCAAUGUUCCUAAUGGCAACGCCAUCGGAGGAAUUUUAAUUAAAGAAAUUCCAAUAAAACCAAUGUCAUCAUCUUCGAUAAUAAAUGUUAAAUCUACAAUAUUUGGUGAAAUACCAAAAAUGAAUUUGGAAUACAUUAACUUACCGACAACGUUUAAUCAAACAAUUGUAGAAGGAAAACAUUGUAUUGAUAAAAGAUGUUGUAACUUCAAGGCUGAAUUAUCUGCAGAUUCCAUAGCACCUUACCAGUGGAUUAUACUACAGAAUAAGACGAAUAUUUUGACGCAGGAAGCUGACAUCUUUUUCUGCGGUCUUGUUGUAUCAUCUGCCAAUUCACCUAAGUUGACGUUUAAAAAUUUAACAAUAUCUGUGGACGAUAAACAACCAGACGUCGCCCAGACUCUACCAAUUACCUUAAAUCAAAAUUUUCUACCAAUAAACUUUCAAUUCAAUAAAGUGGCUCGUACAAUUACAUUCGAUAAAGAAAAUAAUAUUGUUGUCUUAUUUGGUAUAAUGGAAAUUUUGGGUUCGCCAAAUAUCGGUACUAAUACAGCUUUCAUUGUUAUAAUAGUACUACUUGUACUAGCUUUGGUUGCUUUAUUGGUUGCGUUUUUGGUAUGGAGAAAACGACAAGCUAAAAAUAGACGCAAUUUUUAGAUUAUCAAGCAGUAAUAGGCGUUUAAAUGCAUAAAUCUGCUUCUAAUUCUUGGGGUACACGAGGUCCCGUCAGGGCGACGCGAAGCGAGCCUCAUCUAUUGACAACCAGGCGUCGGCCAUAUUGUGGAUGCAAGAAUAGAGGACAUACCGGGGCAUUGCUAGUGAUUAUUAUUUAAUGAAGUAUAGCUUUUUGACUCAUCAUAAGAAAGUUCAGGAGAGUGAGAGUGAUGUAAAAAAAGCACUAUAGGUAAUAGUGCUUGGUACUAUCCUUCACACUCACAAAGAAGAUGUUCGGCGAUAUAAUUUGGUUCUUUACAGAAGCGAUAAGAGCUGUCGAGAGUUUAUCCGAUGUUUUUCAGGUGGUAGUUCAUCGCUUUUCGGCCUCUGGCGAAAAUCAAAGUUUAAUAACAAAAUGAGCCACACAGUAGACAAGACCCUACUCGCUCCAGGAAAAAACUCGACAUCGUAGUCACUUUUCUUCUGCCCCCGCUGGAUUUCAUGAUGCAAGGGGCUAACUUACAAAAGGAAGCUGAAAACGAAAUCAAGAUGACAAGAAAAAUAAAGUUCCAUUUACCAUAGAGGGGGAACGCCGAACUAGUAUGUCCCCUUGCGCAGAGAGGAGGACAUCUGAUACUCUAGGGGGACUUAUAUGAAAUGUUUUCCGUCAAUUUAGGCUUUUGAAAAGACUAAAAAACGAAAUUUGGCGUAAUGUUUGAUAGCAUUUAAUGUACAUGAGUGGUCGGAUAGUUGAUACAAAUUUCAUGCGCCUAACGACUAAUUUUUUAGUCUUUCUGUCCUAUAAAUACAGUUCACAUAGAUCAUCAUCUUUCAGUAAUUCUUUGAUAGAAUUGAAGAACAAAGGUAUGAUGUUAUGAUCACCAUGGUCUGUUUACGAAAAACGCAUCAACAAUAUUUCCAACGCCCAGUUGUCGUAUUUGAACGCUAGAUAAUGCUCGCGUCACAGGGGCAAAAAUGCAACCCGCAUGAAUCGUGAACCCCAAGAAUUUUCGGAUUAUAAAUAGUGGAAUGAAGUUAGAGAAAUAAAUUAUUAAUAUUGCAGGUUCCUUGUGUCCCAAUAGGUAUUUUAACAAAUGAAUUCUUGAAUAUACUAGGGCAUUUUUUUCUCUAUUUAGUGCAGAUUCCUCGAUAUCCGUUAUCUUUUUUUGUAAUCAUAAAAUCUCAUUUUAUACCUUCUAUAUAUUAUUGAUCGGUCUAAACAAAGUUGACAAAUAUAAUUUUCUAAAAAAUUGAUUGGUACUAGUUUUCCGAUAUUUUGAUUUUGCAUAUAAUAUUUACAGGUGUCUAUGACUUUAUGUCGUGAAGACCGAGAUUUUUUUUAUUUAUCUUCAGUAAUAAUAAUAAAGUUUGUUAUUGGCAAAAUAUAAUAUUUAUAACAUUAUUCAAUAUAUUCAAAAUGACGAAAAAUAAUGGUAAAGUUAAAGCUCUUAAUAUAAAUAUUUAGAGGUGGUAUUGAUUUUCCAUUCAAAUUACACGGGAAAUUGUUUUUUUGGAAUUUUAUUGUAUUUCAACGAAUUAUUGUGUAGUAAAAAAAUUUUUAUAUGAAAUUUAACGGUCUGAAAUAGUUUUUCACCAAGCCAACUCGGUUAAAGAUUAUUCGCAAUUGAAGUUCAACCUAAAAUAGUAUAUGAUGACUUUCACAUAUUUUCCGUGAUUUUUCUCAUUUUUACUUUCCAAUAUUAUUGAAAAAAACUUGUUUUGGUAGUGGCAACCACCUUCAAGGUUUUAGUGUAUGGUGGCAUGAUAUUGAAAAUGAUCCUUGGACUAUUCCCUACCUUCUGUGAAAAUUUCAAGUUAAUCCAGGCAGGAUGAAAAAAUUGCGAGUCAAAAUGCUGCAUUUCCUGGACUAUGUAUACUUUUGCUCGUUUCCUUUUUAUUUUCUAUAUUUGUCUAAUCGAAGUUACUGAAAUAAUUUUUUAUCAAGUUUUUUUUUUGUUUUUAGGAAAAUAUUUUGUAUAAUAAUUAAUUCACUGUUAGAUAACACUUUAUAAUUUCCUUUAAAGUGCACUUAUGAAACUAUUAAGAUACAUUUUUAAGUUAUAUAUUUUUCCCUGAAUAGGCCAAAUACUUACACAUAUUAUUUUCUAAAAAAAAAAUGACGCCACUAUUUCUACUCCGAUCUACUAAUUUAUAUUUCUAUGUGUCAUAACUCUUUCUGCUUCUUAAGACUUAUCUUAUCUUAUAGGGUUUAUCAGGUUUUAACUGGUAAAUCAAACUACCAGUGAAUCUACAGUUAUAGGAACUUUGAAAUGUAUAAUAUUUGUUCUAAAAAUUGCGGGUAAAAUUUUUUUUUAAUUAUUCUCAUUAUGGGAUGAUGCUAUUUAAAAAGAAAAUAACAUCAAAAAAAAUUGAAUAAAAUAGAGCCUCAUUCCCACUUUAAAAAUAAUUUCCUCAUUUUCAUUUUGUGCUUGCCGUUUUGAAAAUAUUUGUCAAAACUUCCAAAUAUUUAUGAAAGCUUUUUGUAAUUUAAAUAUUUAUCUAUUGGUGCAAAACCAAUAAUAAAUAUUUCAUCAUAUUUUCUUUGAAAACAUAUUUCAUUAUUUCACAAAGUUUUUCUUUAUAAUCUAACAAACUAAAAAUGAAAUUAAUCAGCAACAUUAUCGGUGCAUAAAAACAUUCAAAAUCAUGCGCCACUGGCACAGCGGGAUGUGAAUUUAUGUAAUUCUAAUAUAAUUUUGUAUGGUUCUGUUGUCAGGUAUUGCUUAUAAUGAAACAAUUUUUAUUUAAGAGAACUUUAUGGAAAUAUAAACGAAAGAAUAUAAUGGUUUUCAAGACAUAUAAGUUUCAGUUCUUCACAUGUUUAAGCAAAUGGUCUUUUCCAGAAACUGUAUGUCUUUCAAGUCACAUUUCCAGACUUAAAAACGUCGUAAGUAACUGACUUUCGUGCACUUCUCUAAUUAUUAUUCGAUACUUUUUAAUAUGGUUUCGCUGCUAUGUCGCCAGCUAGCAUGAACGUUGAUGUGUAUACUUAGAUAUGUUAAAAUAUUAGCAAUAAGUAAAAACGAAAAAGAUAAACAAGUAAAAAAUAAUAUAGUCUCAAACUAGCAAAUUAAAAAAAUAUUUAUUUAUGUCUUUUUUACCCUUAUGGGUGUAAGACGUGGAAUUCAGUUUCUUUUUGCAUUUGUUUGGUAAUUUCGUCCCUCUGUUCUCAGGUAAUUUGUAAUAUUGGUUUUAUUUUAUUUUAUGUAUUGUUCCUAUAUUCAAUAUAUUAUAUCAAAUACUUUUAUUGUUCAAUAUUCAAAAUAUGAAAAGAAAUGGAAUCGUUAUUCUCGUACUGGUUGCUGCAACCAGAUAUUAUUGGAAAGGUUAAGAAUGUUUUCGUAAGCAUAUGUCGGAAAGAGACAACUAGUACAUCAUCUGGUUUUAGUGACUUUUUUUUCAGACUGGAAAAAGGUUUUUCAUUCUGAAUAUUUUAAUAAAGAUUGAAACAGGUUAAGGCGUCAAUUUUUACCUGUUAUUUUAAACUAAUUUUAUAUCAAAAAUCCUAAAAACAACACUAUUCAUCACGAAAAAUCUAAAAAUCACUUUUUCUCCAAACGACAAAAUGAAAAUUUGAUCAUUUACCUUAUUUUUUCAUUAUUUAAACAGCUUCGCUAAAAAAUAGAUCGUUUAUUAUUAUAGAAUGUUUAUGUAAUAAUAAUGUAGCUGAUUAAUUCCAAUUUUAUUUAUAUAGUAUGAGUUUUUAGUUUAGAAAUCUAAUUAAAAUGUGUAUUACAGUUUUUCUUUUUCACUAAGUGGAAAAAAUGCUUUUACCAAAAAGUUUAUUGAAAGAAUUUCCUGAUUUUUUUAAUUACCUUCUAUAUAAACCGAUUAAUAAUGGUAAAUAUUUAACUGUUGAUGUUUGAGGUAUUCAAAAAUUCGUUAAAUUUUGUUUCUGAGCUAGCUCGUGUGACAAAAGUUGUCUUGUUGCAGUGCCUUGUAUAAAAGCAGUUAUUUUUAUAAAUGAAUUGGAUGUCAAAUUUUUUAUAACCUAUAGAUACACUUUGAAGAAUAUUAAAACUGAUAAGCAUUUAAAUAUUUCCAAAUAUUACUAUUUAUUCUUGUUUACAGUUGAUUUUAUAAUAAUAAGCAUGUUGUGUAUUGUUCAAAGCAGUUGAAAAACAUUUAACUCCCUCCUUAAACUCAUGGAAAGCCGGGAAUGGAUGUUUGUAGUGGCAAAUGAACUCAUUCAUACACUUUUCAGUCAAAUGAAAAUAACAAGUGCCCUGAAAUCGGUUGAAUGGAUUAUCUAUAAGCUCUUUCGAGCGACCAGCAAAUAUUUAAUGAUAAAUCCGAAAAAUGCUUUUUAGAAUCGAUAACAGAUAAUAUUCAAAAACCCAAGCCAUUUAAAGCAAUCCCCGAUCAACUAUCCGUAAAUAAUCACUAGCUGAAAAAUUGUCAAAAAGUGUCUAUUUUAUUCCGUUAAUUAUUUUUAAAAAACGGGUAUCCCGUUAACUUGAGUAUUAAGAUAGCCGGCCACCCCUUAGAAUACUGCUCCCCCUUUUACAAUAACUGCAUAGAUAAUUGCCCUUCAAGAAAAUAACGUGCCGUGACAAUUAUCUAUGUAAUUAGUUUUAGUUAUAUUUUCAUAUUAUUAUAUAAAGGAGUGUAAUAGUUUUUAAAAAAAUAAUUAACGGCGAAAUCUGGGAAUUUCACGGCCUAAAAAUGGCCGUUUUUGAGCUUGUCAUAAAUCAUUUUUUUAUAAGUUGGCCCGAUAAUUUGACAGACCUGAUGUUCUGACUUCCAAUAUCUAAUUUGUAUGGUCCUAAUAUUGAGUCACUUACUACUACUACCACUGGCACUACGGCCCUCAAAGAGCCUUGGCCUCGCCCACCACAUUCCUCCAGUCAUCGCGGUAAAACGCUCGGCGUCUCCAUCCCCUCAUACCUAGCUCCCGAAUAUCCUCUUCUGCCAGUACGCUUUGCGCACCUCCGCUCCUCAGAAAUACGCUUCAAGUGGUCUAGCCAUCUGAGUUUGGUCCUCUUGACUUCUGUCACCCUGGCUGGGGUCUUCAUAAAGCCGGUAUAAAUCGGUGUUUGAACGGCUGCGCCACACGAUUUGCUCGCACACAGGUUCAUAUAUUCGGCCUAAGAUCUUUCAUUCCCACGUGUUUAGCAGCCGCUCCUCGCGUGACUUUAGUAGUCGUUGGUCACUGGAGUAUGCUCUAUUCCCCGAUUUCACACGUUCUCGUAUUUCCAUAAAGUUGUCAUUAUUUUCGGUCACUAGUGAUCCUAGAUUGAGUCACCACCCGAUAGAUAUUAGAUUUAAAAAAAAUCAUGAUAAUUAUCUCGAAAAAAAAUAUAAUUUUAAGGUCAUUCGUGAAUCUCUGUAUUCGAUAUUUUUAGAAUAUUUUCUCGUUUGUUAUAAUUUUGUUAUUAUUAUUAGAAUUCUAACAUUAUUAAUCAGUUGAUUUUAUUAGUAUUUACAUUUUAUAUUAAGCUUAUGCUACUUAAAAUCAAUGUGAUAAAUUUUCUGUUCAAAUUAUUGAUAGCCAAGAUACCAAAAAUUUAAUAUAAUUUUAUUAUAAGCACGCAAAGUUGUUUAAAUUAUUUUUGUAUUGUAGCACUUAUUGUGUGACAUAAAUAAAGUAUGGUGUUAUACAA